AUUUUCAACGGAAUCUAUUUUAACCCACCAGUAUCUGAAACAUGCGGAUCCGAGAAUCAGGGAAAAGGAAGGAUGCAACUAGGGUGUACGAUAUUCCUGGAGAGCUUUUUCCAGGGAAGCAAAUUAUACUAAAAGGGCGUGUUCCAUGGGGAUCGACAUCGUUCUCAAUCAAUAUUUCUUCAACUCCAAAGAUGGGCGAUGGUGACAUUAUUCUCCAUUUUAAUGCCCGCCUCCCUGAAAGAGUUUGUGUGAGAAAUGCUUUGAUUAAUGGCUCCUGGGGCGCAGAAGAAAAGGAUCAGCCAUUUUUCCCAUUCUACGACGGCAGGUCUUUUACUUUUAUAAUAGAAGUCACUGAUGAUGCCUUCAGGAUUUAUGUAAAUGGGAGACACUUCGUGAACUUUUCUCAUCGUACUGGCUACCGAAAAGGCAACUAUCUCAUUUUAAGGGAGGGAGCAGAGUAUUAUGACGUCAUAUUCCAAGACAAACCGAUCAUUCCAUUCAGUGCAAUCAUUCACAAAGGAAUGAAAAUUGGAAAGACUUUAAGAAUUCGAGGCAUGUGCACAGACCAAGAUGGAUUUGCGAUUAAUUUCAUGGAUGGAGGCAGUAAUAUCUACUUUCACUUUAACGCCCGACCUAGGGAGGCAUUAGUCGUAAGGAACUCCAAGUUUGGAGGCUGGGGGAAAGAGGAAAAAGAUUGUCCAGCAGGAUUUCCAUUUAACCCUCUAGAAUACUUUGAUGCCUCGUUUGUCUGCAUGGAAGACAAAUUUGCAGUGUAUGUGAACGAUGGACAUUUCAUAGAUUUUUACCAUCGAGGCAAUCCCACCAACAUCACGGUUCUCAAUGUCACUGGUAGUGUUAACAUCUUUGACGUGGACUGUUUGGAGCCGGUGGGAGAAGACUCUAUGACUGAGGUGGAAUCUGGCUUGGAGAAAGGGGACAUCUUUGUUCUCAAUGGCAUGAUGAAAAAUGAUGGAAAAACGUUUGCGAUCAACUUCCUGAAUGGGUUUUCUGCGGACGGAGACAUUGCCCUACAUUUUAAUCCGCGGAGGAAUACGGGAGAUGUGGUUCUUAACAGUCGGUUUGGAGGGGCGUGGCAGAUUGAGGAGAAGGUCCCCUUACCCUUGGUCUUUUGGUCUAACAGGCCAUUUCAAAUCAAAAUAGAGACAAAGAAACGAAAAUUUACGAUCUCACUAAAUGGGGUUCGACUAGCACAGUAUAGAAUGCGUGACAGUGUCGAGAAAAUCCGGGCUAUUCAGAUUUCCGGUGAUGUCUUCAUACUAGAGACGCUGCUGAUGAAAAGAUUGGAGGAUCCGAUUUGGGAGCGGUUGCCCGGAGGAAUAAGACCAGGAAGUUGGGUUAUUCUUCAGGGAACCCCGAAAAAGUACUGGACAGGAUUUGGUAUAAAUUUUCGGUACGAUGACCGGGAGGACGGAGACAUUGCUUUUCUCUUCAAUCCCCGGAAGAACGACGGACAGGUAGUCAGAAAUCACAAACAGUACAACCAGUGGGGACCGGAAGAGAGGAGUACCCCAAACUUCCCAUUUGAUGCCGGAAACACUUUUGAAAUAGUUUUCUUUGUCAGAGAAGACAAGUUUUUGACAUAUGUGAACGGCAAAUCCUUUAUCGAAUUUAAUCAUCGUCUUCCUUUGGAAAGAAUCAACUUUCUCUCAAUGAAAGGAGACUGCAACUUCUACGAGCCAGAGCUGCUUGUUUAGAUCAUAGAAGAACAGUGUCACAUGUUCAGUGAUAUACUAGUAGCAUAAACAUUCUAUGUUUUAAAAGCUUUGAUCUGUUUAUUUUUUUUUAAAAGGUUGAUAUUUAUAUAUGUCAUUGUGCUUCCUUUUUCAAUAAGUUAAUCAAAUACCGUAUAUCCGGUUUUUUUUUCGCGGUGAUCUAUUUUUCGCAUUUUUUGCGAUCAUUUUUAAUUCGCAAAAUAUAAAACACGCAGAAAUUAUGUAAGCUAUAAUGUGACAUAAAAACAUUACCAUUUUAAACAAAAAAAUCUUCAAUCGUAAAAAAUAACUUACGCAAAAUAAAAACUGUACUAAUCUACCCCAUUUUCGCAAAAUUCCGACACGCGAAAAAAAACCGGAUAUACGGUACUGCUAGAUGUUAUAUUUUUUUUAUAAAAGUAAUGUGCAAUUUUUGCCGUCAAUGUUUUAAGAAAGGGAUCCAAUGCACACCCAGGGGAAAGGAAAUUUUAUUCGUAUAAGAAAAAGUUAUAGUGAUGGUGCACAAAAGGCUAUAUGUAUGUAUAAAUUCAGUUGAAAUUUUAAUUAUUCAAUUUUUGCUUUAAAUAAGAAAUGGAAAAAAUUAAAUGGAUUCAUAUAAUGAAACUUCUUAUAUAAGACGCUCUUUCCCCAAUUUUUUUUUUUAAUGUACUGUAUAGGGGGAAAAUAACUCGCGGUGUUAAUUUUCGCUAUAUUCACGGUGUUAAUAAAUCCGUGAAUUCAAGAAACAGUGAAUAAAUUUUCAAUAAUCUCCAUGUUUUAUUUGGAAAUUUGAGAAGAGACUACGAUGGGUUGACUACGACAGGUUGAUAUACAUGUACAUGCAGUAUAUGGUCGUUUCAGUAAUUACGAGUAGUACUCGUCAUACAAUUAUUUUAAUUAUCACUUAAAUUCAAAUCGGCAGAUAAUAACUCGUGUUUGUUCAAAAGCUGUUUUAAUAGCCAACGCUACAUUUUUCAUCAAACAAAACACGUGGGCCAUGGGUUUUGAUUACCCGUGCGUAACUAAUUUCAGCACGUGUAUUUGUUACCCAUUAUCAUGCAUGUUAGUUUUUAUCAACAUUUUGGUUUUUAAAAAUCAUUCAAAUAAAUAUCGAACUUACUGAAGAUGUGAAAGAUAUUAUUUCGGCGAACUACAUUAACACAUUUACUUCCGUCCAGUGGUUUUUUGCCGCGUUGUAUUGAAAAUCUUGGGUACACAUGCACUCAUCGUAAUAGCAUAUAGGAAAGUCAUUUGACGUUUAGAGUGUAGGACUUUUAAUAACUGCACUUGUUUUAAUUAAUUAUUAAUCAAAUGUAUCAAUUUUAUAUAAAACUACUGUGUUGUUCGUGAAAUAAAAACAACGCUAAAGAAUGUUGUUUACAUGUAGCUAUGAAUGGAUUAAAAGAAUAUAGACAAGGGAGGUAUAUACGUAACUUUUAUUAUGUACCAAUUCCGCGAAUUCAAGAAACCGCGAUCGUGCCAGAUGAGAGAAAACCGUGAAAAUACAACCCGUGAAAUUAGUCCCCUAUACAGUACUUGACAAAUGUGUAGAAAUACAUUUUCUUCAGUUUUCUUUAUUUGUUUUGAUGCAACAUCAUUAAAAUGUAACAUAGAGAGUAUGCCUUUAGGACUUGCUGUGGAUGUAUUGAAAUAAAAAUAAUCUGCUUUGUUGAA